GAAGCUGUAAGGAUAUUGUCAAAUCAUCAAUUCAAUAUAUUGUAAUUUGUAAUUAUUGUGAGAAGUCAAAUGGCCUGCAGAUUUUCUGUAAAAUGGCCGCAUCGGGAAUAACUACUAUUGAGUGGUCUACAAAUGUUAAACCAAUUUUAACAUCAGUAUUCGGACAAUUUUUCGAUAAAAAUGACGCGCUUGAGAUAAUACAAGCUAUUAUCAAGAGUGAAAAUGAGUUCCAGAAUCAUGAUGAUGCCCAUGAUUUGUUCUACACAUGCUUUGCAUGUCUCUCUGCCCACUUUAUAAGCAUCAAUACAAACACAAAUAAUAUACCAGCUGAUCAGCUGAGCACUGCUCAAGAUGCAUUCAGGAUCAUCCUUCAACAAAUUCUUAAGAAGCUCUCUGAAGCUGGAUCAAGUCAAGAUGAUACUUCCAAUACAGGAGCUAAUGUUUCUGUCAAACAGCUACUUUUACCCAUUGUGGGCUUAUGUGGUAUUGAAGGUGGCGGCUACCCACCAUCUGAUCUUGUUAUUUUGACAUCAUUGUUGAAGAUUGCAAAACUACCAACUCAUCUUAAUUCAGAAAACCAAUCCAUGAAGACUUCUGUGAUUUCAAGUCCAAUAACAUCACUGGCAUCCCAAACUUCAACAUCUGAGAAACAGCAACCAACAACAGCCCAAAAGCGUUCUGAUGCUUUAUUAGAACAAUUAACUAUGCCAUUACGAAGCCAGGUCAUCUCAGUGGCUUCAACUCCUAUUGCUCCAGCUGUUGCAAUGUCACCCGGAAGCAAGGACAGUUUGGAAAGUGGUAAAGAGGGAAGUGCCGCCCAGCAGACUAUUGAUAUGAAGAAGUGGGUUGCAUCUACGUGUGCGUCCAUACUGGUGGAGCUCAGAGCUGGCUCCGUGGUGCUCAAAGUAUGUCAAACACUGCCCUGUCUGCAACGAUAUAUCAACCGGUGGCAAGCAGCUAAAGAGUCAAACAUGGCACCACAAUUUAUCUCUGAUGCAUCACUUCUUCACUUUCUGGUCAAUGAGGUUCAUGUGUGUCAACUAGCAGUGUCUCUGCCUUGCUUGGAGCCUUUCACGCCUGAACGUAUAACCAUUCUCAGUGAUAUGAGUACUGCCUGGCUGUUGUGUGCCACUGCACAGGCAACUCUUCACCAGAAGGAUGAGGACAGUGAACAGCAGACUGCUACAUUGGUGGAGAGUGCACUCAACUUAUACAACACAGUCGGGGACACUUUCAAACAGUCUACUCGUGCAGGGGGCUAUGUGUAUCAGAAUCACCUCAUGAUCGGCGCGUGGGUUCUGAUCUGCGGCUUGCAUCACGCGCUCGGCGGCGCUCCUGGCUCUGCUGCGUCUGCCAAGGGUCCUGCUAAGGCUGCAUUCAGACCCUACAACUUGACCAAAAUGCAACAGUCUCUGGGCGUGGUGUGGGUGGCGCUGGGUGGGCGGUGCCUCGCCUGGAGCGGCGCCCUGCUGGCCGACGCGCGCCUCGAGGCCGCCGCCGACCCCGCCUCCUCCCCCUCCCCCGCCCCCUCCCCCGCGCCCGCCGACGUGCUGGCGCACCCCACGGCGCACCAGAGGGAGCUGCGCCUCGCGGCCGCUGCACCGCUGCAUCAGAUGCUGGUGGCCUUGGGCGUGGUCUGCUACCGCAAGGCGACCAAUCUGAAACGCGCCGUGGUACAAAAACAGAACCAAGAUGCUGACCCUGAACGUUCAGACUCUACUGUUUACUUCCAGGACAUGAUACUUUGCUCGGAGGACUCUGAGACUGAUGAUGCAGAUAGUGAGCCGCUGUUCGGGCUGUGGUUCGAGUCGACGCUGGUGGCGCCCGACGCGGACAGCGGCCUGACGCGGCCCGGGGCGUCUGACGCCAGCGACGCCAACGACAACGUGCGGACGGCCCAGGGCAUCGUGCCCGAUAAAGCAGAGCCCUAUUCGUACAUUUCGCUGGCCACGGAGGUGUUCUCGCUGCUGACGACGGAGCUGCUGAGCGGCGGCGCGGAGCGGCUGGGCGCGGGCGCGCUGCUGCUGCACGAGGCGCACCUGGCCGUGCUGGCGGCGCUGGCCCGCGACCUGGACCGCGAGACCGCGCGGACCGAUACUGGUACAAUAUCGCCGUGCUUCGGGCCCAGACUCGGCGCGUUGUACUCUGCCUUCAGCUCGGCCCUGGUGCGCUACCUCCACAACCUGAGCAGCUCGCCCGCGUUCGUUUCCCAGCAGCCUGCGCUGCAGCACCAGCUCGUGUCCACGGACCGAAUCAACAUGACACCCUUGCAGGUGGGCCCACGCGUUCUGAAACUGGUGGGCGGGAUGGUGCUGAGUAAGGCGGCGGCCGACCGCGAGAACACCAUCUUGAUGAUGUGGCACAAGCUGAUCAACACGCUGCAGGAGUGUGCGCUGACGAGCCAGCCCUCGCCCGACCACGACUACGAAGAUUUGAAUGUGGAACAUGCUCAGAUGAUGGUGUACCUGUUCCGUUCUCUGACCCUGAUGUUGAAAAAAUCUGUCUUACUGAUGACAUCAAAUGCUAUUAUCAAAAUCGUGGAAACAUUGUCAAUAAGUGACAGGAAGAGGGCGAUGAACCUCGCGCCGCAUCAACUGAUGUUGACCACGAGACUGAUGCUUAUCCUCGAAUACCUCAUGAAGCAUCUCUAUGAUGCGCCACAGACUUUAUUACAACAGAUUGAAUGGAACCUGGUGAUCGCUCCGGGACUCGCUCAGCCGUCGUCUGACUCGUCGUGUAAUGAGGUCCACGUCACAGACAACGGGCAGAUUAAGUCUCGCAUCUACUGCGAAGUACCGUUCAUAGAGCAGGCGUACAGGAAGCUGUCGCAGGACGACACCUCGAUGAGACCUAAGUUCUACGCACUCACCACCGCUAAGAUUAACAACCAAGAGAAUCCAAAAUUCGACGGACUGGCGUGCAACUUCGUGCUGGGCACGCCUCACAAGCUGAAGUACCCGCUGCUGGUGGACGCGCUGCUGGCGCUGCUGCACGCGGCCGGCGUGUGCGACGCGGCCGCCACCGCGCGCGCGGUGGCCGCCCGGGCCGCCGCGCACUACUGCUUCCAGACGGCCUGGAGACUGGUAAUCAGCAUGCCGCCAGCGACUCCUCACAUGGACAAGCUGCAGCUCGGCAUCACGGCUAUUCUGCCGGCGCCGCUCCCGCUGUACGCGAUCGUGUGGGUGCCGCGAGCCGACAGUAAGAAGUUGUUCUACCCUUGGUUCAAGGACGCGCUCGUCAAACAGGGCAUGUACACACAGUAUGCUGAGACUCUAUUGGAUGACGUAACUUUGUCGUGUGAUAACAUCAAGUACAGCGCCUGGCUGGCAUCACAAACCAUCCAACAUUUGAAAGAGAAUAUGCUGCCGAGCGGUCUGCCGUCGCUGCUGGACGUGAUAUCGUGCGACUCGGCGUUGACGCGGCUGAAGGUUUGCCUCAUGGACGCAUCAUCUUCGACCGACGCCCAUCCCUUCUUGUCACAUCUACUAGAGCUGCUCGAGAUAAUUCUGGACUGUUGUCGACUCAGUGCAACAAUGGAGCUGGAAAGUGUGAUGGAGAGGCCCAGCGAUCCGGCGGAGCAGGCCGUGUGGGACGUGCGCUGGCGCGUGUGCGGGGACGCGUCCCGGGCGGCGGGGGGCGGGGCGGCGCUGCCGUCGCCCGCGGCCGGCCUGCUGGCGCCGCUGCCGGCCGCCGUGACGGCGCAGCUGGCGAUGUACGCCGCGCCGCCGCCGAGCUACCCGCCUAAUCAAAAUCACAUAAUACCGUCUGAAAGCGCAGUACUGGACCUGGUCUCAUCUCACUGCGAGCUGAUGAGCACCAACACCAAGUACAGCAUCAGCACCUCGCUGAUGAUGCUGGCCUUUUCUGCAUCGAAGAUUCUAGAGAUCGCGUCCGGACAAAUUUCUGACAGCCUCGAACUAACCAGGAAGACAAUGGCCAUUGUUCUACCUGCCAUGACCGACGGCCGCCUGAAGUUCCUCUCUGAGCCCUUGGGAGCCACCCUCACCACGAUCGUCCCACAGGCGGUGAAGGCGGAGGAGGUCAUACACGAGCACAUCCUGAGAACCACUUACCAUGUGCUGGUCGACCACUUGCAGCCCUCUACGGAGAAGACUCUUCGAACUAUCAUCAAGUACUGGAAGAAAAUAUUAGACCGCCAAGCUGGUCGUGCCGCCUACGAAGUGGUGUUCAUCGAGGAUACAGACUUCAUGCUGGCGAAGAUCCUCCUCGCAGCGCCUCACGCCAGGAACGCCUACACCGAUAAGGUUAUCAAGUUGUUCAUCACGCUAUUCGCCGGAUGUGAGACUACGGAAAUAAGCAGAGACCUCUGUAUCGGCGUAUGUAGAUACAUGGGAGUCGCGGACCAACACCAGAUGCACCAUAUUCUCAGCUACGUUUGCUCGUAUAGUCCAGGUAUUAUUAACUCGGGCACAGCGAACGGUACCCCGAGUGAGGCAGAGCUGCUCACGCCCGAGGCCGGCGGCGCGGCGCUCGCGCUCCGCCACCUGCGGCGAGGACUGUUCCGUGCCGACAGCGACCACCGCCAGGACGACCUGUUCGACUCGCCAUCGCCCGCACCGCGAGCGCAGUCCGAGACGGCACAGCCUUCAGCUAACUCCGAGACUUGCAGCUGGUCGGAAGGCAGCAAGGACAGCGGCGCCGGCAGCGCCGCCGCGCCUGCCGCCGCGGAUAGCGCCGCUUCCGCUUCCGCAACAGCCUCCGCUUCCGCGAGCCCUGUGGGCGAUGUGGACGCCAGCAACGCGGCACUGCUCACCGCGCUCUGCAAACAUAUUGUCCGCCAUUGCGAGGAGGCGGUGAGCGAGCACAUGAUCCAGGCCCUCAUCGGCGUGUGCGGCGAGGGCGUGCGCCUGCCGCUGCUGCUGCAGGAGAUGUGUCGCCUGGCGGACGCGCACUCGGGCACGCUGCACCGGCUGCUGUUCCCCGCGGCCGUGACGUGGCUGGCGGCCUGUGUCGACAACUUGACCAGCCCGGAAGUUCUACACAAGUUAGAUUGUGGGAUGGACCUCACUGCGCCCCAGAUCGAGUCCGCUUGUGCCCUACUGUCUUAUUUGGGAGAUGCGUUAAAUUCAGUCAGUGUUGUACAACCUCACAAUUGGCGGUCAGUCAGUCCGAUGUGGGAGUCGCCAGCUGACCUUGGAUUCGAUGUUGACUUUACGGACGAACAACAUGAGGAGGAAGAUACCAGUGCUGAUGAAUCUGACGAGGACGCCAUGCUCCAGUACAAGCUGUGCACGUUCACGGUGACCAACCGCGAGUUCAUGAACCAGCACUGGUACCACUGCCACUCGUGCAAGAUGGUGGACGGAGUGGGCGUGUGCACGGUCUGCGCGCGCGUGUGUCACCGCGGCCACGACGUGUCCUACGCCAAGUUCGGCAACUUCUUCUGCGACUGCGGCGCCAAGGCCGACUCCAGUUGCCAGGCCCUCGAGCGCCGCUCGGGCGCGCUGGGCGCGGGGGCCCGAGGGCCCGGGCCGCACGAGGCCCCGCCCGCGCCGGCCCUGCGGCGCCGCCCCUCCAGCCCCGCGCCUGCCGCCUUGGUGGCGCCGCCGCGGCGAACUGUGCUCGCCCACAAUAUACAAGGGUGUCGGUCGUUCUUAGCGAAGUACGACAAGUGGGAGUGGUGCCUGGAGCGCGUGCGGCGGCUCGUGUGCUCGCUGCUGGGCCCCGUGCGCACGGAGUGCGAGCGACACGCGCCGGUGGGGGCCCACGGCCGCGCGCAGCGGGCGCUGGCCAUGUUACAUCUCGGAGAGAAGCUGUUCUUCCACACAGACAAACUCGUCACGCCCACACUCGGUUCGCAAGAGGGCGCAUUUGAGAACGUGCGCAUGUCGUUCACGGGCGAGAACGGCCAGACGAUCCGACAGCUGAUGUCGGCCCACAAGUUGCGUCGAGUGGCCAUGUGCUGCCUCGCGUCGCCGCAGGGUCGGCGCCAAUAUCUAGCUGUCUCGCAUGAGAAAGGUAUCAUCACCUUCUGUUUUGAAAAAUAA